GACAUUUCUUUGUUUACAUAUUUGAUUUAAAUUUAUUUCCACAAUGAUACAAUAAGUCGUGUAAAUUUAGUGUUAAAAUAUGCCUUAAAAGCAAAAUUGAGUGUUCCAAAUCAGGAUAGUGAAUGAUCAUCUCAAAAAGCUGGUGUGUGAUUCCAGGGCAAAGUAUAUUUGUAUAGACAAUAGUUGGUCAUCAUUUGAAAUACAAAACUCAUUGUGUUUGCAACAUCUCAUUAUGAUUUUAAGAAGAAGUUACUCAAACAGCCUAUGCCGGAUAAAUAAUUCAUCACUUCAGAAUCCUCGAGUAUGUAUAGUAGGGGCUGGGCUCGGUGGAAUCACAACAGCAAAAAGUUUAAAAGAAAAGGGAAUCAGUUUUACAAUAUUAGAGUCAAGUGCAUUCUUCGGCGGUAUCUGGCGGUACGAACCUAAAGUUGGCAAUGAUGAAUAUGGUGUGCCGAUACAUUCCAGUAUGUAUAAACAUUUGAGAACAAAUUUACCAAAGCCGACGAUGCAAUUAAAUGGUUUUCCUGUCCCAGAAGACAUGCGAUCAUACCCCACGUGGGAUGUGUACUACAAUUAUGUUAAAGAAUAUGUUCAACAUUUUGAUAUAGAAAAAUAUAUUCGGUACAGCCAUUACGUCCACGCCAUAACACGUGCGAAUGACUCGUGGAAAGUUAAACACAAACACUUGCCCACCGGGAACGAAUACGAACAUGAAUUUGAAUACGUUAUUUUAGCAACGGGACACUUCAGCAAACCACAAUAUCCGAAUAUUCCUGGAGAACAUUUAUUUAAAGGUAAAAUAAUCCACAGUCAUAAUUACAGAGAACCGGAGCCCUACACCGAUCGCAGGGUUCUAACAGUUGGCUCGGGCCCUUCAGGGAUGGACAUUUCUAUAGACCUUGCCUAUUUUGCAAAGACCGUCUUCCAUAGCCAUCACUCGGAUUUAAAGCACAGAACACCAUUCCCUAAGAACUAUAUUCAGAAACCAGACAUCAAGGAGUUUGACGAGAAAGGUGUAACAUUUGUUGAUGGCAGCUAUGAACAGAUUGACCACGUUGUUUAUUGUACUGGAUAUGAAUUCGACUUCUCCUACUUGGAUGAAACUUCCGGUCUCGAAAUAAGACCUAAAACCGUAAUGCCUCUGUAUAAGCUGAUAGUUAACAUUAAUGAGCCAACAUUACUGAUCGUGGGUCUCAUAGAAAAAGCUUGUAUUGCUGUCGGUAUUGACGCUCAGGCGAGGUACUCGGCAGCUUUGGUGGCAGGAGACUUCGAACUACCCUCCAAGGAGGAAAUGUUAAAGGAGUGGCAACAACGAUACGAUUACUUCAAAGAAAACGGAUUUUCAUUCUCACGGUUUCACUUUUUGGCUGAAAAGGAGGAUGACUAUUAUAAAGAAUUAUCACAAGAAUCGGGAAUAGACCGCGUGCCGUCGGUUGUGACUAAGAUCAGACUGAUUGACACUCACGCCAAGCUGGAGAACCUCUAUACUUAUAGAAGUUACGAAUAUAAAGUCAUAGAUGAUAAUACGUUUCUAAGAAUAUUUGAAAACGACGUGAAGUAUGUUGAACAAGAGAACCCCUUUCACAACAAAUACACAAAUGAUACCAGUAAUUGAGAUUACAGUAGUAUCAAGGUGCUAGGUUAUGAAUAUUACUUUAAGAUAUAUAAAUAAGCAAAAAACAUUUAAAGAGAAUAGACCGACAAUACACACACUAUUACUAUGAAGUCUGCGUCAAGCUAUAUUGUUUGGGGUAUGGGCGUGGCCUCCAUGAUGCGAUCAUAAUUGACCAAUCACAUCGCUUUGAUGGAACUGUACAUUGUAUGAUAAUUGUGUUGUGAUGAUGCCCGGAAGCAGCAACUCGCUUGAUUUGGUAGCAUUAAACGCUACCAUACUUAGAAUAACAAUAAAAUACGUUUUAAUGUA